GUGGGCCUAUUGCACUAAAUGUAAAAAAAAAAACUGGUCAGCCUUGUUCUCUAGAUUACACCAUCUUUGAUCAUAUAGUUCCUGAUUUAACUCAUUUGUUUCCAGAUUAACACAGCAUUAUAUUCAGGUAACUUAAUGCUUGUGUUUGGACCACAAUAAAAACUGGAGAAGAUUGGAUUAUAUUCUUUAGAGUAAGCUCUUCAGGGUGAGUUUUGGACUGAAGUUAUCAUGGGAGUUCACGGACUGUGGAAGCUGUUGGAGAGCACAGGGAAACCCAUCAACCCCGAGACUCUGGAAGGAAAGAUUCUUGCCAUUGACAUCAGUAUAUGGCUGAACCAGGCAGUGAAGGGGGUGAGGGACCGUGAAGGCAACAGUGUCCAGAACGCCCACCUCCUCACUCUCUUCCACCGCAUCUGUAAGCUGCUCUUCUUCCGCAUCAGGCCAGUGUUUGUGUUUGAUGGGGAGGCGCCACUGCUGAAGAGACAGACUCUGGCUCUGAGGAGGCAGAGGAAAGAGGAAUUGAGUCGGGAGUCCAAACAGACCAAUGAGAAACUCCUCAAGACUUUCCUGAAGAGACAAGCUAUCAAAGCUGCACUUGGAGACCGCAGUAAGGAUCCCCUUCCCAGCCUCUCCAGUGUGAGGAGAGAUGAGGUGGAUGACAUGUAUGUUCUACCAGCCCUGCCCGCUGCAGAGGAGAAGGAAAAAAGCAGUUCAGAGGAGGAGGAGGUGGAUGAGGGGGAAGAAAAAGAGUGCGAGGGGAUGGUUGACGAUUUUCACAUGUACCAGGGAGAGUCAUACGGAGGCCCCAACUCAGUGGACAUCAAUUCUGAGGAGUUCGCCAGCCUGCCUCCUGAAAUGAAACACGAGAUACUCAAGGACAUGAAGGAGUUUUCCAAAAGACGCCGGACCAUGUAUCAGAAACCUCCAGAGCAUUCAGGGGACUUUUCCCAGUACCAGUUGGCUGGUCUGCUGCAGAGGAACCACUUGAACCAGCGCUUGGAGGUGGUGGAGAAAGAGAUGAGCCAGAGGAACGCCGGCGGUGCGCCACAGCUCUACGAACAGGACGGAGAGGAGCAGAGUCACAGCGUGGAGUCGCACCGACUGGUUUCAGAAGACCAUUCCCACUUUAUACUAAUUAAAAGCAGCAAAAAUAAGGAGACUGCCCCUGACAGCCAACCUGCAGCUGCACCCUGGUCAGGGGGCUUCCUGUCAGGCAACAAAAGAAAAGUAGUGGGCAGGCCUGAACCCCUGUGGCGACCUAUUUGUGAGGAAGAGGAGGAAGCGCAGAGUCCCCCCUCGGAAGACUCCAAACCCUGUGUCUCAAAACUGUCCCAAGAAGACAUGUCACCACCCUCGCCUCGCACGCUCAAGGCUAUUCAGGCUGCAAUGAACGACAGCUCAGAUGAGGAGAAGGUUGUCCGGGAUACAAAGAGCGGUGGUAUGUCUCCACGCACCCUGCUGGCAAUCCAGCAAGCUCUCACUGAGGAGGAGGAUGGUGCUGCGGAGAUUCCGAUCACACGCUCACCCACCAAACUGCAGGCGAAAAUUCAUCAUCCUGCGCCGCUGGUGGUCAUCAGCAGCUCAGAGGACGAGCCAGAACCUCAUCAUGUGAAAUCUUUAACUAAUAAUGCAAAGGUGGAUUUUAAGAGGGACCCAACGGGCCAAAGUUUACACGUGAGAGAUAGUUUGUUAGUCAGUAGUUCUGAAGAUGAGAUGGAGGAAAUGACUGGACAAAGAAAUAAAGCACUUCCCUUUGCUGCGCUGCAACAACCAAACGACAGAGGGAUGAAGUCAGAAGAGGAGACAGAGAAAGGACAGCUGACUGGAGAACUGGAGAGAAGAGAAUCAGACCAUGGGUUUAACACACAGAACAAAGAUCUGGUUCAACCACAGAUAUGUGCCCAGAUAUGUGGAAAACCUCUGAGUGCUGAGACUGAAGUCUGUCCUGUGCUGUUAGAACAGAGCAGUAAAAAGUCCACCGAAGCUGCAGAGAACAGGAGUGGUGAUGUUGUAGAGGGCAGUGAGGAGAGUGAGUCAGAAGAGAGCUUUAUUGAGGUGUCAGAAGAAGAAAUUGAAGAGGAUGACGAAGAUGAUUCAGAUGAGGUCCCUGAAGACAAAACCAAAAAAGAAGAAAUGCCGGAGGAAAGUUCAGCAGAGGCUCCCAGCAGUCCAGCUGCUGCUUCGCAAUUAGAGGAAGAUGAUGUUAAAAAGAGCCAGACUGAAGAGAAAGAGCUGAAGGAGAGAACAGAGACAGAAUCCACUCCAGCGAUCAAUGAAUGGGAACACUUUGAUAUGGAUGAGCUGGAGGAUCUGGAGAGCUCUCUGCAGGCGGAGCAGAGCAGCCUGAGGGAGCUGAAGCAGCAGCAGGAGAGGAUGGCGAACACUGUCACUGGACAGAUGUACCUGGAGAGCCAGGAGCUGCUGCAGCUUUUCGGUGUGCCGUUCCUGGUGGCACCGAUGGAGGCUGAGGCUCAGUGUGCAGCGCUCGACCGCGCCGACCACACUCACGGGACCAUCACGGACGACUCAGACGUGUGGCUCUUUGGAGGGAGACACGUCUACAAGAACUUCUUCAGCCAGAACAAAUAUGUUGAACACUUCCAGUACAGUGACAUGCAGAACCAACUGGGUCUGGACAGGACAAAACUGAUCAACCUGGCUUAUCUGCUGGGAAGCGACUACACAGAGGGCGUGCCGGGGGUCGGAUACGUGACAGGCAUGGAGAUACUGAAUGAGUUUCCAGGGCCGGGCUUGGAGCCACUCAUACAGUUCAGUCAAUGGUGGUCAGAGGCUCAGGAGAAAAAGCGUCUGGCAGCUGACCCCCGUGACACGAAGGUCAAGAAGAAACUGCGGGACCUAAAACUGCAUCCUGGAUUCCCAAACCCUGCUGUUUCACAGGCUUACCUGCAACCUGCCGUGGACGAGUCGGACAGCUCCUUCAGCUGGGGACGGCCGCAACUGGACAUGAUCAAAGAAUUCUGUCUGAAUCGUUUUGGCUGGACCAGUCGGAAGACAGAAGAGACUCUUCAGCCUGUCAUCAAGCAGCUCAACAGCCAGCAGACUCAGCUGCGGAUUGACUCAUUCUUCCGCAUGGAGCAACAGGAAAAGCAGGCGAUUCGCAGCCAGCGACUCCGCCGAGCAGUCACCUGCAUGAAGAGAAAGGAGAGAGAGGGAGGAGAGGAGGAAGAGGAGGACAGUGACGAGGAAAUCCCAUCCCCAUCCAAAUCUAAGAGGGGGAAAGCAGUGAGCAAGAGUCCAAAGAAAGGAGGAGAAGGAGAGAGGGAAGGGGAGAGGUCUGCAGCAGGAGGAGGGUUUCUAGGGUCUGCGGUAGUUGUUGAACCUCCUCUCACACCUCUGAAGAAUCUGAGCAGCACCAGCCAGGAGCCCCUACCAGUAAAGAUUCCUCAGUCGACUAAGAAUGCAGAUCAGAGGGCCAGCGGGAGCAGCAGCAGCUCGGGUGACGACAGCGACGGUGGUGGUGAAAUCGCUAUGGUUACAGCCCGAUCUGUGUUCGAAGGCAGCCGGCGAGGCCACGGAUCGAAAAGCACAAGAGGGAGAGGAAGAGGAAGAGGAAGAGGAAGCAUGAGAGGCAAAAGAGGAGGGAAGAAGCUAUGAGGGAAAACUGGACUUCAUAUAUAACAAAUUCUAUGAGCUUUUGUAAUAUGAAUUCGAAAUCAUGCUACUGUAAUAUCACGAUGUGAUAUUUAAAUGUAAAAUGUGUAAAUGAAUCAUGAACUGUAACAGCAAUGAAGUGAGUUCUUUCUGUAUAAUGGAAUAUGUGUUUUGUACCUGUGCCAGGAUAAUAAUAUUUUUCAUAAAACUCUUUAGGGACAUGUA